AUGCCGAGCAUUAUUAAUACAGUUUUAUCCGAGAUGGGCUGGGAUGAGCGGUUUGCUAUCCCCGAACCUAACGCUGAAAACAAGGCUUUGAUAGAAGAGAUUCGUAAAAAAGAGACAGAGUUGGUGCAUCUGGAAAACAAACUUGAGAGAAACAAGGAUCAAAAGCAGUUAAAGAUCAAAUUCCUCAAAAACGCUAAACAAGAGCUGGAAAAUACUGAGGCUCUUUUGAAAGCAAAGGAAAGAGAUGAAGAGUUGGAGAAACACCUCACCUCCCUCGCAGAAAGAGAGACGGGUCGCCUGGCACAAGAAACUAUUAAGAUGGAGAACGACCAAAGAUCUUUAGCUGAGAGGAGGAACAUGCUGGAGAACCAUAUCUUCAAGGCCAAACAGAAGCUCGAGGAGUUUAGGAACCAAAUGAACUGGGAUCAGCAGACCAUGGAUGGCUUCUUAGAGGAGUCAGCACGCAAAGAUGAGGACACAAUGGCCAUCAUCAAGUACGCUCAGCAAGAUGAGCAGAGGAUCAAGUCACUCACUCUGGCUAUAGAGAAGAAGACACUGGAGGCCAAUGAAAAGCGCAAAGCACUUGACAAAGAAUUGACUGAGACUAUAUCUGCACAGAUUGCUUUGGAUAAAACUACAGAAAACUUGCAGCAGGCCCACCUGGAAACACAGCAGCUCAUCCACCAGUGGGAAAACACCAUCAAGCAGAUGAAGCAACGAGACUCUGAUAUGCAGCAGUGUGCUCUGCAACUUGCCGAAGCCAACCAGAACAUAAGGGAGAGGAAUUGCAUCAUUACAGAGAGGAAGCAUUUUCUGGACACUCAGAGGAAUAACAACAAGGAAACGGAGAGGAAGAUAACAAUGGCCAACCGACAGGCUGUAAAGCUGCGGCAGGAUUUAAAGGAGCAGGAGAAUAACUGCAGCAGGUUGAAGGACGAGCUGGAUAGUUGCAAAGGCACACUGGACAGAGCAACCUCCGAUGUGGAGUCGGUGACGUCCCACAUAGCCAAAAUGAAAAAAGACAUCCAGGAUAACAAUGACAAACUCAAGCAGGUCAGAGCCUACAAUGUUGCCCUGGAAGAGAAGCGGAAAGUUGUGACUCAGACCGCCCUUAGUGAGGAGGAGAGAGCUGCACAGAUGGACAACCUUCUCAAGGAUGAGGAACAUGCAAUCAAAGAGUUGGAUGUCCAGCUGCGUGACUGCAGGGAGGAGCUUUUUUGUCAUAAAGAGCGUUUGCAGGCCCUCAAGACCAACGAGAAGAAUUCUAUUGCUCAGAUUUUGAGGAGUAAAUCCACCAUCACCAACCUGGACAGCCAGCUCAGAAAAUUGGAGAAGGAAUUAAUAAGACAGCAGUUGAUCACAAGUCAACAGGACUCCAAGAUCGUGAGCCUGGGUAAUAAAUUGGCACGGCUGCAAGGUGAAGCUCACUCGGAUGAUAAACUAAUGCUAGACACAAAGAUCAUUGAGCUUACUAAAGCCCUAGAGGAAAAGAAGGAGACGGCCAACACGCUUACCAACACACUCAAGGAGUCUGAGAAUGAUAUUCGCUAUUUGAAGAAAGAGAUGGAGAAGUCAGAAGCUCAAAGGAGAGAUCUGACCAACAAGGUGGAGGAGCUUUUGCUACUCCAUACCACCAAUGAAAAGGAGCUGAAGAGACUCAGGCUCAGGAAACAGGACAACAUAGUGGAGCACAACGUCAUGAAGAUAGAGGUCAAGCGUAUGAGGGAUCUGCUGUACAACAAGGCGGGCAGCGUGCUGUCCCUGGAGAAGAGGAAGCUGGAGCUGCAGAAAGCCAUAAAGGACAGGGAGGAAGAGGUCAAGGUCUACAGAGAAAUGCUCAGCCAGCAGCUCAAGAUCAGUGAGCAGGAGAGACAGAGACUCAGUGCUGAGCUGAAUGAGAAACUGUCCAAGAUUGACAUGAUGAAGAAACGCUUUGAGGUCGUGACGCUUUCAAUGGCGGUUCCUGAGGGGGAAGAGGAGAAAUCACAGGCUUACUACAUCACAAAGGCUGCACAAGAGAAAGAGGAGCUGAAGCGGAAGGGUGACGGUCUGGAUGCUAACAUCCGCAAGAUGGAGCUGGAAAAUAGAGCUCUGGAGAACACCAUUCAGUUGUUCAACAACAGUAACUCAGCAUUUCGCAAAUCCCUCAACAAAGUAAAUGAAUCCAGUCCAGAGCACCAGGAAAAACUGAAGCUGGAAGAGCAGUUGAGGGUGGCUGAAGAGAUGCUGAAGUAUAAGAAAAGACAAGUCCAAGAGCUUCAACAGGACUUGCAGGACAUGAACAAUACAAUGGAGAGUCUGGUGCAAGAAGAGCAGGUGGAGAAAGAUAACAUAGAGCACAAACAUUCCCUCAUCAGUAAGCUGAACAAAGAAAUAGCUUCCCAGAAGGAGAAGGUUGUCAGAGCCACAAAGCAGUGCUCUAAGCUUACCAAAGAGAUCCGCUCUGCAAGUAACACCAAAACUGAGACUUUCGAGGAGAAGGACAUUAAGCUGAGGGAGUUAAAAGAAUUUAAUAAGAGUAUCAACAAGAUGCUGAAUGUGGCCAUGGAGGAAAACCCUGACCUCAGAUCAGUGCUGGAGAAAUACUUCCUGCAGGCCCAUUUGUCUCUUCCAUCUCCAUCUUCUACUCCUUCCAGUCAUCGGAGCGCCAUAAGCUCUGCAUCUCUCAGGUCUUCUGCAUCCUCAGCCAGCAGCAGCCCCAGGGCCUCUGCACUUCACUCCCCCGUGCUGAAGACUGUGCAACUGGGCUUGGAUCUGGCCAUGGCCUCCCCUCCUCUCACCACCUCCGGACGUUCCAGCUCUGCGAGCAGCAGCAGCAGCAGCAGCAGCCGCAGAAAGUUAAAGAACCCAUAAUGAUGGAUUUAUUCUUAUUCUUAUUUACGGAUGUAAUGUCAUACUGUAUUUUAAUGCAUUAAAGUCUGUUAUUGUGAAUUUGAUUUUAUUCAAUAACACUUUCAAAUAAGGUACCCAAAAUUUGAGUUGUCACAGGGAAAGGAGGAAUGACAAAUUGCUAGUGAGCCAAUUAGUUAAUGAGUAACUCAUAUCAAAUAUUACAAAGCAGCUAAUGCUCAACUAUGAUCAGUUAAUAUGUCCUUUUAAUAAAAAAAUAAAAAACAUGA